AGAAGGCGGCCAGAAGGAGAACGCCUUGGGGGGCUGGACGCCCCAACUUCUCUCCAGCAUGAACCGCGCUGGACCUGCCGGCCGCGUCCCACGAAUGACCGCAUUUCCCAGCCUGGCGGGGCUCCAUGCUUGGAUUCUCGGGGACACAGGCAGCCUGUGACCCAGGCUCCGGAGAAAGGACACCCCGAGGCUCUCAUUUCCCGGCUGAAGUGGCUGUCCUCCGUGCGUGGGGCGCCUGCCUCCCCCUGCAGGUGCUGUCGCGGGUACCUGCAUCCCAGGCGAAGAAGUUAGAAACGCAGCAUCUGGGUGAGUGGCGGCAUUCAGAUAAACAUCUGUGUCUGUGUGGGGAGCCCUGGGGCCGGCACCCGCAGCGUGCUUCGCCCUCUGUGCACCAUGCACAACGGGUCGUGCUGCCUCCUCCAGGGGGACCCCAUAUCUCAGGUGAUGCCCCCGAUGCUGAUCCUGUUCUUCGUGCUCGGGGCCCUGGGCAAUGGCAUCGCCCUGUGUGGCUUCUGCUUCUACAUGAAGACCUGGAAGCCGAGCACUAUUUACCUUUUCAACUUGGCCGUGGCCGACUUCCUUCUGAUGGUCUGCCUGCCCUUUCGGACGGACUACUACCGCAGGGGCAGGCAGUGGGCCUUUGAGGACAUUCCCUGUCGGGUGGUGCUCUUCAUGCUGGCCAUGAACAGGGCCGGGAGCAUCGUCUUCCUCACGGUGGUGGCCGUGGACCGGUAUUUCAAAGUGGUCCACCCCUACCAUAUGGUGAACGCCAUCUCCAACCGGACUGCGGCAGGCAUCGUCUGUGCCCUUUGGACCAUGGUCAUCCUGGGGACUCUGUACCUGUUGACGGAGAGCCACCUGUGCAGGCAAGAGGACACCGUGUCUUGUGAGAGCUUCAUCAUGGAGUCGGCCAACGGCUGGCAUGACAUCAUGUUCCAGCUGGAGUUCUUCCUGCCCCUGGGCAUCAUCUUGUUUUGCUCUUUCAAGAUCGUCUGGAGCCUGAGGCAGAGGCAGCAGCUGGCCAGGCAGGCUCGGAUGAGGAAGGCUACCCGGUUCAUCAUGGUGGUGGCGGCCGUGUUCAUCACGUGCUACCUGCCCAGCGUGUCGGCCAGACUGUACUUCCUCUGCACCGUGCCCUCGAGCGUCUGCGACCCCUCUGUCCACGUGGCCCUCCACGUGACCCUCAGCUUCACCUACAUGAACAGCAUGCUGGACCCCCUGGUGUACUAUUUUUCAAGUCCCUCGUUCCCCAAAUUCUACACCAAGCUCAAAAUCCGCAGUCUGAGACCCAAGCGUCCAGGACGCUCCAAGACACAGAGGCAGGAGGAGAUGCCGAUUUCAAACCUCUGCCCCCGGAGCUGCGCCAGCCUGGCCAGCAGCUUGCAGAGCCAACAAGGUGCGUCAUGGGACCUCCAACGGCGCUGAACCGGCACAGACA